AUGAUAGAUCAAGUUUACUUCAGUCGUAUGGAAACACUUGCUCACAACACAUUAUUCGCUAUUGGUUUGAAAGCAAUGUCUCGCGUUGGAUUGAAAAUAAUAUUUCUUUUAUUGUGCUUUUGUCCGAUAAGUGAGGCAGAGUUUGAGCUAAGCCCAAAGACAGUUUAUGAAUUGCUAGUUUAUGAAACCACGAAACUGAAAUCCCAGCUGGCAGAAACUAAUUCUCUUGUUGAAGGAAUAGAGAAAAAGAUUGAACAAAUUGGUUCUAAUGUUUCAUUGAUAGCAAACAAAGUGGACAGAUUUGUGGAAGAAAGAUCAAAAUAUCUUACAAAUGGGAACGUCAAAACUAUUACGGAUGCUUCUGACGCGAUGUUUCAAAGUGAUAUUGAGAUGCAAUCAGUAGUGUUCCGCAAAAUGCUGAUAAAUGAAAAAACGCUUUUGAGAAAUACACUGAAGAAGUUUGAAAACAAAAUUAAAGAGUUUGAGUCGGUUAUUGAAAACCGAAUCACAUUGACAAAUAUAACGGUCGAAAGUAAAAUUGACCAUUUUAACAAUUCUGUCUUCGACCAAAAGGUUACUAUGUCUGAUUCACUGAUAUCUUUUGAAAGGAAAAUUAAAAAUAUUGUAAAUAAAACUGAUAUUAUUAUAAAAGAAAUGAACGAAGAUUUUGAAAGUAAACUCAAUGAUUCAGAGGCAAAAGUGAGUCAGCGUAUAUCUUCCGUCGGCGCGAUCCUGCAGAGUCUACUUCGUUCAAUAUCGUCAAAGCAAGAAGAACAGCAAGGCACGUUGUCUGGUUUGAUAAACGAUAUAAACACACGGAUUGCAGCAGAAGAAGAUGGAAAGGUUUCAUUCUCUGCAAACACAUCUGGAGGGACACAGGUUUUAUUUGCGGACAAAAAAUGUCACCUAUUUUUAGAAGGGUAG